CACCUCUUCCAUUCUUCUGCUAUCCGUUCCGCUCCCCACAGCUUUCUCGGCGCUGCCUCCCGCCGUCCCACGACCCACUUUCCUGCGCCGCCCCCACCCGUCGCGAUGGCCGCCGUCUCCGCGCCUCCCCGUCCUACAAGCCUCCUCCCUAUCCCCUCCUUCGCCUCCACCUCCCACCUCCCAAUGCGCGCGCUCCCCAUCCUCCGCCGCCGCGUCCGCCCCCUCACCACCGCGUACGCCGUGCGGCAGGACGCGGCCGUCUGGACUCCCGCGCCCGUCUCCGCUGUCGGCGCCGCCAACGCAGACGGCUCUGUCUUCCACGUCGCCGUCGACCUCUCCGACGCCGCGGAGCUCGCGGACUCCUACGUCGCGCCGGGGCAGUACCUCCAGGUCCGCGUCCCCUCUGGCGGAGACGGGGAGCUCAAGCCAGCGUUCAUGGCCGUCGCCUCGCCCCCCAGCGCGGGGGCCCGGUUCGAAUUCCUGAUCAAGUCCGUGCCGGGGACCACCGCGGAGCGGCUGUGCGGACUCCGCGACGGGGACGUUGUCGAGCUCGGAGCCGUCAUGGGGAAGGGGUUCCUCGUCGAGAGGUUAGCGCCGCCAGACUCCGCGCAGACCGUGCUUAUCUUCGCCGCCGGGACGGGGAUCAGUACAAUUCGUUCACUUGUCGAGUCCGGUUUUGCUGCCAAUGAAAGAGCUGAUGUGAGACUUUACUAUGGUGCCAGAAGUCUACAAGCUAUGGCAUAUCAGGAUAGAUUUAAGAACUGGGAGUCAACUGGACUUAAAAUAAUACCAGUCUUGUCGCAACCAGAUGAUAGUUGGAAAGGUGAGCGGGGAUAUGUUCAGCAUGCUUUCUUGAGAGCCAAGAACAUUGUAAAUCCGUCUUCCACAGGAGCAGUGUUAUGUGGACAGAAGCAAAUGCAUGAGGAGAUCACCGUAGCCCUUGUUGCGGAUGGCGUAUCCCAAGAUAAAAUUUUGACGAACUUCUAAGAGAUUGCGGGCCUCCUGUAAUGUGACGUGAUUCAUUUGGCCUCAUUGUGUAAAUUUAUUCUUAGACCUCACUGUCAUGUUCCAUUGGUAUAUGAAUUACUGUACUUUAGCACCGGACCAUUUGGGGUUAACCUAUUUGGUUCCAUUAUUUUGAAUUUUUUGUUGCACAUAAAUAUGUUAUGUAUUAGCAGCACAAUUGUUUAUCGUGCUAGCUUAAAAAGCUAGUGGCGUGAAGCUACCGUGUGCCAGAUUA